AUGUCCAAUGCAAUAACACCAAGUAAAGUUCCAGUGGAGUCCGUGAUUACAGGCGUCGAAAGCUGUUUCAUGCGCAACAAAGUGCCAGCGCCUGAGGCUGAGUGUCUUAGGCAAGAUAUAUCUGCAAUAAUACGCAGACACAAGUGCCCCAAAAUGAACAUCUCCAGGCAGGAGUACCAGGCGUUAUGGUCUAUACGCAAAAAUCCCGAUGUCCUCAUUUUGCCAGCAGAUAAGGGUAACGCGACUGUGAUCCUAGACACAGUGGAAUAUGAGCAGAAAAUCACACAACUUGUCAGUGAUACCGCAACUUACAAAAAGGUAAACUACAACCCGACGUCUCGUGUUACCACCAAACUAAACAAGAUUUUAAAUACAUUACCACAUGAGGAGAAAAAUCAGUUGCGGCCCGUAAAUCCAACGUCACCUAAGAUAUAUGGACUACCAAAGGUACAUAAACCAAACUGGCCUGUGCGUCCCAUCGUCAGUCAAAUCGAUUCACCUACUUACAAAAGUUCGCGUCAUAUGGCCAAAGUGUUACAGACUGUUACGGGAAAAACAAACAGCUUUGUAAGUGACUCGGCACAUUUUACACGCCUGCUAGAGGAGGUCAAAGUCCAUGAUAAUGAGAUAUUGGUCAGUUUCGAUGUGGAGUCUCUAUUCACUAAUGUACCAGUAGCUGAAACUAUAGGUAUUAUAAAACAACUGUUAAGCGCAAAUAAUUUACCUUCUGUGUACUUACCUUUAAUAGAGUUUUGCCUUACGAGCGGCUACUUUCUCUGGAGAGGAGAUUACUAUUUGCAAAUGGAGGGAGUGGCGAUGGGCUCACCGAUAGCGCCGGUGGUAGCCAAUAUAUUUAUGGAACAUCUCGAGGAUAAUGCUCUGCGUACGGCGCCAUUUAAACCCAGAUACUGGUGGAGAUAUGUAGAUGACGUGUUUGCGAUAGUCACCAGGCAGGGCUUAAGCUCACUGUUGGACCACCUUAACGGUAUACAUCCAAAGAUUGUCUUCACGACGGAGGUGGAAAGAGACGGAACUCUCCCAUUUCUGGAUGUUUUAGUGAAGCGGGAACCUACUGGAAGCCUGGUACAUACGGUAUAUAGGAAGCCGACCCACACAGAUCGGUACUUGAGAGGGACUCACAGGGGGGAUGGCCCCCUCACAUCUGUCAUCGGUACCACGCACCCUGAUUAA